ACAUAUUCCGCGCCGCUUUAUAAAGUCUCACUGAACUCAUCACCGAUCACCAAUUUACAAUUAACAUAUGAGUCACGAUUCGACCACUCUUCAAAAUGGACGACCAGACCUCGAUACUCAAAACUCAGCUCUACUCCGCCUGCGAAGAUGCCUGUAGAGAUAAUCCCGAGAGGUUUUUCUCUCAGGAGGACCUAAUGGCGCUCGACGUCGUUCCGCCCAAAGAUGUAAAGAAACUCCUACAAAUCAUACAACUUCUGACGCGGGAGCGCCUUUUCGUUCCCGUCCACUUCCACAGUGGCCUAGCAUGGCGACUCCGUCCCGAGGCCGAGGCGGCCAAGUAUAAGCACCUCACCUCCGAGGACCAGGUCCUAGUCUACGAAAUCAUCGACUCGGCCGGUGCUGAGGGCGCAUGGCAGCAGGACAUAAAGAAGCGCCUUAACCUCCAAGACAAUGCCUUGCGAAAGGCGCUUAAGGAGCUGGAGACUAAGCGCUUCAUCCAGCAGUUCACUACCGUCGAGAAUAUGUCUAAGAAGAUGUGGAUCAAGUUCAACAUGCAGCCUUCUGCCCGCGCAACAGGAGGCCCCUGGUAUACUGAUCAAUAUCUCGACGAGGCCUUCAUCGACACCUUGCAGGCCGUGGUAGUGCGCAUUAUAAAGGAUAGGGGUAGCUAUCGAAGUACGGGAGAACGAGGCGUUCGAAGCGUGAGCCCAGUCCUGCCGAAGAAGGGCAUAAUAAGAGGCGGGUUAUCCGAGGCCGCGAUAAAGAGCAAGAAACGUUCCGCAGACGCAAUGUCUAAAGAUGAUAAUACACGUCCUACAGCUCCCGCAUCUAAGGUCCGCGGAGCCCUCCGCCUCCCUCUACCUGCAGGUUAUAUGGGCUACCCCACGGCUGAGGAGAUCACAGCGGAAAUCGUCUCCAUGCACAUAGCCAAAGGACAGCCGCUGAAGACGGAACAUGUUAAGGAGCUUAUCGACAUUCUCAUCUGGGAGAAUAGGAUUGAGGAGGUUAAGACUGGUGACCGAGUUGGCUACAGGGCCGUGCGUGUGUCUAAGCAACAUCCGGACAUGGUCAAGCUAGACAGCGAAGAUUUCUGGGAGCCGAGAACCAAUGGCUUGACAACCGUACCUUGCGGCAAAUGCCCUGUCUUUGAGCUGUGCGAAGAAGGUGGUCCUGUAUGGGCGGGGGGUUGUGAAUAUUUUGACAAAUGGCUAUUAUAAGGUAUAAUGUAUACUUAAGGUAAAAGUGGCGUUUUUGCUUUCCGACAUAGCAUAGCACGGCGUUUGAUGGAGGGGGAAAAUACAUGUGUCACAACUAAGGACGAAAAAAAACAUGGGGAGAGUUUUACCAGAUCCGGACAAAGCCACCGAUGCUGAUUAGUACAGCCAGGAUAGUCAGGCUACAGUUACAACGACGUAUCACCGAACUUAGGUUAGAUAUAGAUAAU